AUGAGGUCUUACGCCGUUCUCGCUGCCACCUUCGCCGGUGCUGCUCUUGCCCAGGACAUGCCCAUGCCCAGCGGUGACUGCGCCAACCUGUGCAUCAACAACAUGGCCACCAUUGCCCAGACCGAGUUCCAGUGCGAGAGCUCCGACAUCAGCUGCUUCUGCACCCAGUCCAACUGGGCUUACGGUAUCCGCGACUGCACCCGCCAGGCCUGCGACGCCGACCAGUCUGCUUCCGCCGUUCAGUGGGCCUACGCUCGCUGCGCUGGUGUCGCUGCCACUGGCUCUGGUACUCCCGCUGCCCUUCCCAUCUUGACCUCAGCCGUCGCUAGUGCCACCGCUGUCCAGUCUGAUGGCUCAGCUGUCACCUCCGUCAUCACCUCUGUCGUCAGCGAGGCUUCCAGCGCUGCCUCCAGCGCCGCCUCUGGCCUCGAGAGCGUCACCUCUUCCAUCGCCUCUGAGGUUAGCUCUGCUAUCAGCUCUGCUAGCGGUGCUCUCGCUUCCGCCAGCUCAAGCAUUGCCUCCGAGCUUGCUUCCAUCACCGAGUCCGCCGGCAGCGCUGCUUCGUCCGCUACCGACUCCGCUGGCUCUGCCCUUGCCUCUGCCACCGACGCUGCUGGCUCCGCUGCCUCCUCCGUCGUUGAUGGCGCCGCUGCCAAGGCCACUGGCAUGCCCAUCCUCGCUGGUGCCGGUAUCGCCGCAUGGCUCCUCCUCUAA